AUGGGCGCGUUCUACGCGGAGAUACGCUCCGGUGGCGCACGUCUCGGUCUCGAGACGUUCGAGAACGCGCACGAGGCCACCCGCGUGGCGCCUCUCGAGGACACACUCGCUGAUGAACUUCGACGACAGGAACUUGCGCCUCCGCCGCGGCUAGUAACCGACGGCGACCGUCAGGAACACCGUAGGCAGCAGCGGCGCCUCCUCAUCGUUGAGCCAGACGAGCAAGCCAUGACGGAGUGGCGACAGCGCUACCCAGAGGACGUCGCCAACGAGAACGCCUUCUGGGCGAAGAGGAGGGUAAAGCAGCGCGUGGAACGGGCGGACAUGCGUCAGCGGAAGGCACUGGUGAUAUCGCAGUACGACCUGGGACAGGCGUCAUUCUUUGACGACAACGAUCCUCGGUGGGAAGACGGGUUUCUGUCGAUGUCGGACGACAUCAACGAGGAGGACGACGACUCGGAGUAUUUUUCAGUUUAG